AGACGCUGACCUCGACGCGACGACCCGCCGGCCGCCCUCUCCGCACCGCGACGAACGCUCAUGGCGCUCCGACGCUUCAACGCGGGCGGAAAGAAGCAGAAGGAGCUCACAGAGGAGCAGAAGCAGGAGAUCAAAGAGGCCUUCGACUUGUUCGACACGGACGGCUCAGGCGAGAUCGACUCCAAGGAGUUGAAAGUGGCGAUGCGCGCGCUGGGCUUUGAACCCAAGAAGGAGGAGAUCCAAAAGAUGAUCUCUGACGUGGAUGAUGAUGGCUCAGGGACCAUUGGCUAUGAGGAGUUUCUGAAGAUGAUGACGCACAAGAUCUUGAACCGUGACCCAAAGGACGAGAUUUUGAAGGCCUUCCGCUUGUUCGACGACGACGAGACGGGCAAAAUCUCCUUCAAGAAUUUAAAGCGCGUGGCCAAGGAGCUCGGCGAACGCAUGACCGAUGAGGAGCUGCAAGAGAUGAUCGAUGAGGCCGACCGCGACGGCGACGGUGAAGUGAACGAAGAAGAGUUCCUUCGCAUCAUGAAGAAGACCAACCUCUUCUGAGUGGAAAACGCGCAGCUGCCAGGCAGCUGGGCCAGAGUCCUUGGCUUCGUGUUUCUGUACGCGCUGGGCCACACCGUACCCCACCGGUGGGAGCGGAUUCAAUGACUUGACCAACAGGAUCCAAAAGGAGUUUAAUUGCUGCGGCC